AAACAAGGGAAUAUGAAGUGAAUAAUGUGAAGCAACAAGAGACCUCCGAAACUGACCUUCUUAAUCCAAUCGCACAAGAGGAGAAGCAUAACUCUCUCUCUCUCUCUCUCUCUCUCUCUAUAGUAUUUUGUUGGUCUUUGGUCUUAUCAGCACCUUUCUCUCAAUUUCUACUCCACAAUUUCCGUACAUCGACUGAGCCAGGUUCCUGUUCUUUGUCCGUUUUGAUAACUCUUCACGGUACUAUCAGUCUCUUUUUUCCAUCUCUUUCUUCCUCUUUGAUUGUAGUUCCAGAAGCUUGAAUUAGUUUUUCGUCAUCCGGGUUAUCGUUCCAUUUGCUGGCCAAUUGAUUUUAGUGGAAUCAUCUGUUUUGAUUCGCUUUUAGAUUGAUGUUUAAAGUGUUUUUGGCUGGAUCCAUUUUCUUCUUGCUGGAUACCCACAAUUAAUUUCGUUUCUAUUAGUUCAUAUAGAAACAGCUAUAUUCGAUAUUCUCUUGAUCUAAUUCAAGAACAUUUUCCAUUUGGUUAUGUUCUGGGAGCUUGUUUGGUGUCUGUUUGGAGUUCACAGUAGCUUGAACUACUACUGAUCUGUAAAUUAGAAGGGGUAGGUGCAUGCCAUUUGUUCCUUGGUGUUUAAGUGAAAAUUAUCUUUAUGGCCUUGGAUCCUAUUUAUGAAAGAGGGCUUGAACCCAACGCUUCCUACCUGGAGGAUGUUCAGUUGAAAAUUAAUUGGGAUGAUGUAACUUGCCCUAUAUGUCUGGAUUUCCCUCAUAAUGGAGUACUACUACUAUGUUCAUCCUAUGAAAAAGGAUGUCGUGCUUUUGUGUGCGAUACUGAUCACAUGCACUCCAACUGUUUGGACCGUUUCAAACAUGCUUAUGGUAUGAUGUCCACCUCAACAUCUGAUGUGAUUCUGGCAACUAACAGUCAGCCAAAUGUACCAGAAGACAAUGGCAGACCAUCUUGUCCCUUGUGUAGAGGAGAGGUUACUGGGUGGAUUGUUGUUGAUAAGGCACGUUUACAUCUGGAUGAGAAAAAACGUUGUUGUGAGGAGGAACAAUGCAUGUUUAAGGGAACUUACUUGGAACUUCAGGAACAUGCUAAAGUAGAGCAUCCACACUCGCGUCCCUCAAAAAUUGAUCCUGCUCGGCAGCUAGACUGGGAAAAUUUCCAACAGUCUGCUGAAAUAAUAGAUGUUUUGAGUACUAUUCAUUCAGAAGUCCCACGAGGUGUCGUUUUGGGAGAUUAUGUGAUUGAAUAUGGUGAUGAUACAGGAGAUGAGUUUGAGGACUUCCCUGGUGAUGAAGGCAACUGGUGGACAUCCUGUAUAUUGUAUCAGGUAUUUGAUAACUUCAGGAAUUCUUGAAACAGAAGAAGAUCAAGGGUUGGUGAUGCUAGAAGGAGAAGUGGUCGCUCUAGCUCUGAUGAGGGUUCAGUAGCAUCUGUAGACUUCACAGAUUAUAGACUAGAUGAGAUUGAUAACGAGCUUACAACCACAAGUAGACCCUCCAGAGGCAGCUCUGGUCAUCGCAGUUCUCGUAGACGUCGUUCCCGCUUCUAUGAUAAUUAGUUUCUGAAUAGAUGGAAGUGAAGCAUCAUAGGUUGAAAGAAAUGAGAAACGAAGUCAGAUACUGUGAAAUGCAUGCUGGGAUAAUGCACCGGAAACAUUCUUCCAAGCAUGUAAUAUCAACAUCUGGAUUGCUCUUCGUUACCCUUGUGAUUAGAUGCAAAUGGUUAGACUUGAGUGAACGGACCUUAGAUUUACAUGUGAUUAUUUAUGCGUACAGAACUGUCCUAAAAAAUGGUUUUGCUCCACUGGAUCUUUACUGGCAGGGUUAGAAGAAAAAUUUAUUAGGUUGCCCUUUGUUUUAUUUUCAACUAAUUCUUCACUUAAUUUCAUCUUUAGUUUUCAUAUUAUGUUUGACAUUUAGAAUGAGAAAAUAGUGGACAUGCUAAUCUCA